CACUCUUAGAGUAUUCACCAUAUCAACAUAUCCCGCCAUGGUGUUUCUAUUUUCAAACCUUCAGUCCAAAAAGCUCUUACCCUUUUGGCUUCUGCUUUCAACUUGUUUUUGUGCAUUCACAACACCUACUUCAACUACUUCAUCAGCAACUUUACAAAGUAGAGAAGCAAGUGCUUUGUUGAAGUGGAAAAUAAGUCUUGACAACCAUAGCCAAGCUUUGUUAUCUUCAUGGAGUGGCAAUAAUUCAUGCAACUGGCUUGGAAUUUCUUGUAAAGAAGAUUCCAUUUCUGUCUCUAAGGUAAAUCUGACAAAUAUGGGAUUGAAAGGUACGCUCGAAAGUCUUAACUUCUCAUCACUUCCAAAUAUCCAAACCCUAAACAUAAGUCACAAUUCCUUAAAUGGAAGUAUUCCUUCCCAUAUUGGAAUGUUGUCCAAACUUGCUCAUCUUGAUCUUAGUUUCAAUCUUCUCUCAGGAACAAUUCCAUAUGAAAUAACACAGUUGAUUAGCAUUCAUAGUUUAUACCUGGAUAAUAAUGUUUUCAACAGUUCCAUUCCAAAAAAAAUAGGUGCAUUGAAGAAUCUGAGAGAACUUAGUAUCUCAAAUGCAAGUCUCACGGGGACUAUCCCAACUUCUAUUGGGAACCUGACUUUGUUGUCACAUCUGUCUAUAGGAAUAAACAACCUUUAUGGUAACAUUCCAAAAGAACUUUGGAAUUUGAACAACUUAACCUACUUAGCAGUUGAUUUAAAUAUAUUUCAUGGUUUUGUAUCUGUCCAAGAAAUUGUGAACUUGCAUAAGCUAGAGACUCUUGAUCUUGGUGAAUGUGGUAUUUCCAUUAAUGGUCCCAUCCUCCAAGAACUUUGGAAGUUGGUAAAUUUGUCUUACCUUUCUCUUGAUCAAUGCAAUGUCACAGGGGCUAUUCCAUUUUCUAUAGGAAAGUUGGCGAAGAGUUUGACAUAUCUAAAUUUAGUACACAACCAAAUUUCUGGCCACAUCCCUAAGGAAAUUGGAAAGUUACAAAAGCUAGAAUAUUUAUACCUGUUUCAAAAUAACUUAUCUGGUAGUAUUCCAGCUGAAAUUGGGGGAUUGGCGAACAUGAAAGAUUUAAGGUUUAAUGACAAUAAUCUUUGUGGUUCGAUUCCUCGUGAAAUUGGAAUGAUGAGAAAUGUUGUUCUAAUUUAUUUGAACAAUAACUCUCUCUCAGGUGAAAUCCCUCGAACAAUUGAAAACCUGAGUGAUUUACAAUCUCUUACAUUUUCUGAAAACCAUCUUAGUGGCCACAUCCCUCUGGGAAUUGGAAAGUUAAGGAAGCUAGAGUAUCUAUAUCUUUCUGACAAUAACUUAUCUGGAAGCAUUCCUGUGGACAUUGGGGGGUUGGUGAACCUAAAAGAUUUACGGUUGAAUGACAACAAUCUUUCUGGUGAAAUCCCACCAACAAUUGGAAACUUGAGCGACAUACUAUAUCUUUCAUUUCCUGGAAACUAUCUCACUGGGAAAUUACCAACAGAAAUGAACAUGCUUGUCAACUUGGAUCGCCUGCUAAUCUAUGAUAAUGACUUCAUCGGUCAGCUGCCGCACAACAUUUGCAUUGGUGGGAAUUUGAAAUACUUGGCUGUUAUGAAUAACCACUUCACAGGCUCAGUUCCAAAGAGUUUGAAGAAUUGCUCUAGCAUUAUUAGGAUUAGACUUGAACAAAACCAACUUACUGGAAAUAUAACAGAGAUUAUAGAUUUUGGAGUAUAUCCAAAUUUGGUUUACAUGCAAUUAAGUCAAAACAAUUUUUAUGGACACCUUUCAUCCAAUUGGGGAAAGUUCCAUAAUCUGACAACCUUCAAUAUUUCCAAUAAUAAUAUAUCAGGCCAUAUACCACCAGAAAUAGGAGGGGCACCCAUUUUGGGUUCACUUGACUUAUCUUCAAACCAUCUCACAGGGAAAAUUCCGAGGGAGUUAAGCAACUUAUCUUUGUCCAAUCUCUUGAUAAGCAACAACCAUCUCUCAGGAAACAUUCCUGUAGAAAUAUCAUCCUUAGAGCUUGAGACCUUAGACCUUGCAGAAAAUGAUCUAAGUGGCUUCAUCACAAAACAACUUGCAAAUUUGCCUAAGGUAUGGAACUUAAAUUUGAGCCAUAACAAAUUCACAGGAAAUAUUCCUAUUGAAUUUGGACAAUUUAAUGUCCUUGAAAUCCUAGAUCUCAGUGGAAAUUUUUUGGAUGGAACAAUACCAUCAAUGCUUACACAGUUGAAAUACUUGGAAACAUUGAAUAUCUCACAUAAUAAUCUUUCUGGUUUUAUUCCCUCUAGCUUCGAUCAGAUGUUCAGCUUAACAUCUGUUGAUAUAUCAUAUAACCAAUUGGAGGGUCCACUCCCCAAUAUUCGAGCUUUCAGCAACGCUACAAUUGAAGUGGUGAGAAAUAAUAAAGGCUUGUGUGGUAAUGUCUCUGGCUUAGAGCCCUGCCUAAUAUCAAGCAUUGAAUCUCAUCAUCAUCAUUCGAAGAAAGUCUUAUUGAUAGUUUUACCCUUUGUAGCUGUUGGAACUCUAGUUCUAGCCUUAUUUUGCUUCAAAUUCUCACAUCAUCUCUUCCAAAGAUCAACCACCAAUGAAAAUCAGGUUGGAGGGAACAUCAGUGUACCACAAAAUGUACUUACAAUAUGGAACUUUGAUGGAAAAUUUUUGUAUGAGAACAUUUUGGAAGCCACAGAAGAUUUUGAUGAAAAACAUCUCAUUGGAGUUGGAGGGCAUGGAAGUGUCUACAAAGCAAAGUUGCACACAGGUCAAGUAGUUGCUGUGAAAAAGCUCCAUUCAGUAGCAAAUGGAGAAAAUCCAAAUCUAAAAUCAUUCACAAAUGAGAUCCAAGCUCUGACCGAAAUUCGACAUCGUAAUAUUGUGAAGUUGUAUGGAUUUUGCUCACAUUCACAGUUGUCAUUUUUGGUUUAUGAGUUUGUAGAGAAAGGUAGUUUGGAAAAGAUUUUGAAAGAUGAUGAAGAAGCAAUUGCAUUUGAUUGGAAUAAGAGGGUGAAUGUCAUUAAAGAUGUAGCCAAUGCUUUAUGCUACAUGCAUCAUGAUUGCUCGCCUCCAAUUGUUCAUCGAGAUAUAUCAAGCAAGAAUAUUCUUCUGGAUUCGGAAUGUGUGGGUCAUGUCUCUGACUUUGGAACAGCUAAGCUUCUUGAUCUUAAUUUAACGAGCUCAACCUCGUUUGCAUGCACAUUUGGAUAUGCUGCUCCAGAACUUGCAUACACAACAAAAGUGAACGAGAAGUGUGAUGUGUACAGUUUUGGAGUAUUAGCAUUGGAAAUACUUUUUGGAAAACAUCCCGGAGAUGUUAUAUCCUUAUUGAACACCAUUGGCUCUAUACCUGAUACUAAGCUAGUAAUAGAUAUGUUCGACCAACGUCUCCCUCAUCCUUUGAAUCCCAUUGUUGAGGAGUUAGUAUCGAUUGCAAUGAUAGCUUUUGCAUGUUUGACUGAAAGUUCACAAUCUCGCCCUACCAUGGAGCAGGUAUCAAGGAGCUUGUAAUGUCAAAGUGGUUUCACACAAAUAUCUGAAGAUUAUACUUGGUUAAUAUGCUUGAGUUUUACUUAUUCUUCCUUGUUUUUUACUUUUGUAAACCUUUUUUGACUUGUUUGUAUUAUAAGUUGCUUCACAAAAAAUUGAACUCAUUGUUUAAAGAAUAAAUGUUGUAGAACUAUAGAGAAAAUUGAAGUUAAUAUAAUGAUGCUAUGUAUUCGUGAUA